AUUGAGGCAUGCUCUAUCGAAACUCAUCCCCUCCCUCCAGUGCCCCAAAUCCAACCCCCUGUGAGUUCGACUUCCUAGUCCACGCGACCAAUCCUGAACUGGCCUCGAAAUUCACCACUCCCCAUUCUGACGUCAUCUAUGAUAUCUCGUUCGACUCCCAGAAAAGACGCCUGGCAUCGUGUUCCGCAGACCAGACUGUCUUCAUUUGGACCCUGGAUGACAGUGGUAAAUGGGUGCGAGACAGCAGUAUCAAAGAGCACGGAGGUACCGCUUGGAAGGUAACAUGGGCGCAUCCUCAGUUCGGACAGAUCCUAGCCACGUGUUCGUUCGAUAACAAAAGGGUUCGUCUGUUUGAAGCAGUUCCCGGUGACAACAACGAUCUGGGUCGCAAACGGUGGGUAGCUGUCAAUUCUUUCGAAGAUAGACUAAAUAAUCUGGUCACAGAUGUCAAAUUUACACCGCCUCAUAUAGGUCUAGCACUUGGUAUGUGUUCCGUAGACGGCUAUGUCCGAAUAAUGGGUGCUGAAAAUGACCUCAAAUCAUGGAAGGAAAUAGUACAUAUCAAUAUCAAAUACGCCUCUUUAGCUUGCCUAGCCUUUAGCGAGUCAACGCGGAGUAACCUGUUAGUUGCCGUGGGAUCCGAGGUGAUUUCACAUGAAGAUGUGGCCUCGGAUUACGACAGCAAACAGCAAUCGUAUUUUAAUUUGUUUCAAGUCGACAUUAAACCCACAGAUCGAGGGAAACCUAAAAACAUGUCCUUCAUUUCAUUUGACGAUUCAAAGCUAAACGUGGAUAGUCCAGUAAGAGCUUGUUGUUUCGCCCCUGUACUUGGAAGGUCGUUCCAACUCCUAGCGAUUGGAUCAGCAACGAUGAUAGUGUACCAAAUCAAAAGCUCGAAUGCGCUUUCAAGAACGUCUCUGAGCUAUCCUCCCAAUUUCAACAACCCUCAUUGUGCUAUUUGGCGUCUGGCCUGGAAUAUUACGGGUACACAGCUGGUUGGAUCAACAACUCACGGAAAUGUGUUCGUGUGGCGGUUGUCGAAUGGCUGUCAAUGGGACUUGGUGUCAUGUAAAAGUAAAAACAGCUCGCCAAGUAUAGAGAGACCAUUAACUGAUCAUAGCACUGCAUCAUAGUCAUCACCUCACCUUAGAAUCGUUUUUGUUUGAUAUAGAAUCGAAUUUAGUUUAAUCUUGAAAGAAUAGGUAAAUCCAAUUUGUGAUUCAAA